AUGGAGAGUAUUACGGGCGAGAGCUCAGAUAGCCGGACUUGUGUCCCGGACUCUGCUUCCGCCUCGGGCUCGACCCAGCGAAAACGACUCUCCUUACCUCCCCGUGCGAAUCCAACCCCCCGUCAUGCGAAACGCCUCACCUUGAACUUCCCGAUCAACCUCGACACAGACUCUGUGACCUCCCCUGUCGCUGCGACUCCAGUUACUCAGUCCUCGACCGGUCCUCCAUCCGCACAGCCUCCCGGCACACCUAUGUCAUUUGAUGUCCCCGACGAUGGUUACGAUUUCCUGCGGGCGAUUGCCUCGCAGGAGCGAAAGGUUAUGGAGCUCCGCGAGGAGCUAAGUCGCGCAGAGGCAGAGUUGGUCACAAUUAAGAAGCAGUGGGCGUUAUCCGAGAAGUCCAGGAAGCGCGCCGAGAUCAAUCACGCAGAACCAAUGAUGCCGCUUCGGUCACCCGACCCUUCGAAUCCAGAGACUUCAAUGGCCCACAACCGGGAGCAGAGCAUGAGCUCGGUCGGGAGCUCGAAUGUGUCACAAGAGCGAAUCAGUCGGGAACUCGGUCGGCGAACAAGUGUUCGUGGUGCUCCGCCUGCCCCGGGGACCAAGAUCGGGACCAACGGUCGACGGGUUUUCCAGGGUGGGCAUACCCGGACCUUGUCAUUACUGUCUCCAGUCACUGCUUCGAGUACCUUUGUGGGAGAGCCCGGUCCCGCGGAGACAGACCGCGUGGGCCGCUCUCCGCGGUCUGCUACACUGCCAUCUGUCGAGCGUGACCAUGCCGCAAUUGCACGGCUGGACGAAAGUCAGGUACCCGAACAUCUGCUUGCGCAGUGGCGCAAGACCCUACCUCCUCCCUCGCGGGAGGCUCUGAUGCGGACGGGCAAACAGAUGGCAUCUGAUCUGCGGGAGGGGCUCUGGACAUUCUUGGAAGAUAUUCGACAAGCCACGGUGGGAGAGGAAGGGAUCAACGGAACUCAAACACGAACAAUGUCACCCAGCUCACUGGCACCACCCAACGGUCCGAACGGUCGUAAGCGGGAUUCCCUGGCGAAGUCCCGGAGCCGAGAACGGUUAUUGGCGGACGGCAAGCUAUCGCGAUCAUCAUCGUCAUCGUCUUCGCGGGGGAGAGGGCCUGCGGCCGAGACAAAAACUGGUAAAGACACCAAGCCGGCGGAAAUUUCCACAUCAUUCUGGAGCGAAUUCGGCAUUGAUACACCAGCUCAGAAGUCUCCAAACGCCCCUCGCACCCCCAAUCAAUCCGCCAACCGAAGCGAGCCGACCGUCGAACAGCACGAUCACCACUCCAGCAAUCAAGCCGAAGCGCAGAAUGACGACCUCGACGACUGGGGUAGCUGGGAGACCCCUCAAUCCGCACAAAAGAUGCACACACCCUCGUCGAGCCGAUCAACAAAUGAAUCGAAGCGUGAUCAUUCCCCCACUACGCAGAGCAGUAGCCCCCGAACCAGCGCUAGUUUUGGCGACUGGAACCCGGAUUCCACCUCGCUUGACCCCAGUGUCUCCGAGGGCAUUCCUUGGCCUGCUAUCACGAAGCUGGCUCCCUCCAAGCUUCAACGGACGGCUUCGACUUUGAUGGCUGAGUGGGAACGCUCCUUAUCACCUUCUCCAGAGCGAGGUUCUCUUACCCGCAAGGACAGCAAGAAGGACUAA